AGCUAUCAACCAUACACAGUACUAGUAUUCGCAUGUAAUAUCUGUAUUCUGUUUGUUUUUUAAAAAAAGUGGUUGAACUGGUUGCCUGUCCCAAAAAGCAGAGUGUCACCCACACCCAGUUGUACAAAUGGGGGAACAUGAAAGCCAGACACUUGGAGAAACUUAUUCUGAAUUCCAUUACACAAUGACCAAGAGCAGGAAUCUCAGACAUAAUGUGCUCUAGUUUACAAUGAGCAAAGCAUACCGAGCUUGAUAAAUUAAGUGCAGAAGAGGACAUUUUAAGAAUGGAAUCCCAUGGACCAUCAAUAGACCACUGCCAAUCACUGAUGAUUGGGAUGGAGAAGGCGCCCAGCAGCUGGCAUAAACCCACUCACUCCAGAAGCAGCAGCACAGCAUCAUCCCGGCACUCACGGCUGAACACAAAAGACUGGGAAGUAAUGGACGACUUUCCAGCUGAUAUGAACCUUACUGGAGAGAGCAUGCAAGAUGUAAGUCCUCCAGGAAUCUGUGAAGGCUACCUAAUGAAGAGGAGAAAGUGGCCUCUUAAAGGCUGGCACAAGAGAUACUUUGUCUUGGAUAAAGGGAUCUUACGAUAUUCAAAGAACCAACAUGAUUUUUCCAGAGGGAAAAUGCACGGUUCACUGGAUGUCAGUCUUGCAGUUAUGUCAGUAAACAAAAAGGCAAGACAUAUUGAUCUGGAUGCCGGAGACAAUCUAUAUCACAUGAAAGCCAAGAGUCAGGACUUAUAUUACAUAUGGGUCACCAAGCUGAGUGCACAUAGGAUGUAUAAAAAAAAUGAGGCUGCACACCUUCACAAUGGCUUCCUCCAGGCCCUGUCCCAAGGCAGUCAUUUAUCUCAUAAAAACAGUGCCAUGCAGGACAUGAGCACAACGGUGUCUUACUUGGGUGAAACUCAGAGUGCAAAUCUGCCAUGUGUCAAUUUUGCCAUUAAUGGGAAAGUGUCAGCCUGGCUACAGCAAACCCAAGAGCCUGACAUCUGUGCCCAAGAACUCAGCCGUUGUCAAAUGGAACUUAACGAGAUGCAACGGUUGAUCCAAAGGCUGCACUCUUUAGAGUCAGGCCAAGCAGUCAAUAAUGGAAACCUUCAGAGGAUUAUCAGUAUGCAGAAUCUUACUCUUGACAAGCCCAAGAAGAAGUCUGGCAAGAUUUGGGGUCAUUCUCGCACACUCUCUCGGGUUGAGGCUCUAGGAAUGCCAUUUCGUGGGAUUACUAAAUCGUUAUCCUCAAGCCACCUGAACAGCUCUUCCCACCUGGGAACCUCCGUGCCCUCCAUCCCAGAUUACGUAAGUGCCCAGCUGAACCCAGGAGCCUCCACCUCCUCAGAAGGCAAGAAGCUCCAGCAGGACAUCUGCUCCAUGUCCCUGAGAGUUCAUGCCUCUCUGCAUUCUGCACAUGAGGCUCUCGCUCAGGAGCGCCAGCGGCUGCAUGAUGCCUGGUCCAGCAGGGAGCUCCACCAGACCACCUCUGCACAAAUCAACAACCUCUGCAGCCUGGCUGAGUUAGAUGUUAAGUCCCGACACACCAAAAUUCACAAACUGUCAGUGUCCUCCAACUCCUCUGAAGAGUCCUACCGUACUGUGGUACAAAGAAAGUCUGUCUCAAGCCGUAGUUCGUCUCUUCGUGCGCCCUCUGUGGCUGACUCAGCAGCUGAGUAUUUCGAUGCAUGUGAUGAGCUCAUGUGUGUGAGUUCUUCCGAGCUGUCUGAUGAGUCCGGCCUGAGUGAUGGAUCCAGCAAUUCAGAGCCUUAUGAGGCUCAUGCAAUGGCUUCACGCAAGUACCGUGCCAGCCUUUCAAAGGCGCCACCAAAACUGCCCACCAUCAAGAACACCGGCCGUCGUACUAGUCUGCCUGCUGUCUGCCCUGACAACAGCCAUGUUGGCUUAAUGACUAUCCUGUACAACAACAUCGGGAAGGACCUGUCCCGUGUCUCCAUGCCAGCAGCUCUGAAUGAACCUGUGUGCUUGCUGCAGAGACUCUGUGAGGAGCUGGAAUACUCUGAGCUACUGGACACAGCCAACCAUACUGAAGACCCCUACCAGAGGAUGGUUUAUAUUGCAGCUUUUGCCAUAUCUGGCUAUGCCACGGCUCAAUAUCGCAACCGUUACAAACCCUUUAAUCCAGUGCUGGGUGAGACUUUUGAGUGUAUCAGAGAAGACAGAGGCUUCCGCUACAUUAGUGAGCAGGUUUGUCAUCAUCCACCCAUAUCUGCUUGCCAUGCAGAAUCAGACAAUUUCAACUUCUGGCAGGACCAGAGAUGGAAGAACAAGUUUUGGGGCAAGUCGUUAGAGAUCAUGCCAACAGGGAUGGUGAAUGUGACUCUUAAAAAGUUUGGUGACCACUAUGAAUGGAACAAAGUGGUGACGUGCAUCCAUAAUGUCCUUAGUCAGCAGCGAUACCUUGAGCACUAUGGCGAGGUUAUUAUCCGCAACCUGAAAAGUUCGGUCUGCACCUGUAAGAUCGUAUUUGUUAAGUCUCGUUACUGGGGUUCAGAUGGGACCAAAAACGAAGUUCAGGGUCAAGUUCUUGAUGAGACUGGUAAUGUUGUACACCGAUUUGGUGGAUUUUGGCAUGAAGGAAUCUUCUGUGACACCCUGCCCAAUCCACAGUGCAUCUGGAAGCCAAAUCCACAGCCCAAGAACUACCUGCUUUACUAUGGCUUCUCUAGCUUUGCAAUGGAGAUGAAUGAACUGACCCCUAACCUUAAACCCCUGCUGCCCCCUACAGAUACACGCUUGCGCCCUGACCAAAGGUUACUUGAGGAAGGGAAAAUAGAGGAGACUGAUAAAAAGAAGGAUGAAUUGGAAGAGAAGCAAAGAGAAAGAAGAAAAAUUCUGGCCAAGAGAGGAGAGGAACACAUCCCUCGCUUCUUCAGGAAAACUUUGGAUGAUGCUGGAAGGGAUGUAUGGCUAUACAAUGGAACAUAUUGGAAGAUCAGGGAGAAUCCUGGAUUUUCCAAUGUUAAAAACCUGGAAUUGUGGUGAAGGAGGCAGACUGCAGGUGCUGUGGACAAUAAGUACCUGUGGUAAAUUAAGCUUCCACACUUUUUAUUUUUUAAAGAUUACAUGAACAUGAAGCUUUUGGGAGCAAAGAUGAAUUGCCCAGUUUUCAUACUAAACUGAAUCCACUGAGCAAGGAUGGUGCUUUUACCCAAAAAGCAACGGGAGAGAUACAUUUAGAACAAUUCUAUUUCUUCCAUGGCUGAGGACACAGAAACUUGUGAACAGUUUGACCUCGUCUUCCGCUUUGGAUAAAAUAUAAGCCAAAAGGUAAACAGGGAGAUGAAUGUGGGUUCUGGACAUAUUUUUAGUUUUAACCACUCUUAAAUCUUAUUGGACAUACACAUUUCUAUGGACUAUGUUAAAAUACGUAUCAUAAUUAUAAGAACUUAUGUGCCACCGGAUACAAGCAUAAAGUUCCCUCAUUAGAGACUGGAUAAAGAAAGGCAAUGUGAAUGUGAAUUAUUGUACUUCAAUGUAAUUUUCAGAGUAAUAGAUGAAGUCUCCAGUUUAUAAACGGACAGUUAUUUCCUCUGCAAAGCCAUGACUCACCCUGAGCAGGAUUUAGCAGUAAAUGGAUUAAUUCUAAUUUGGGCACUCAUUUACUCAUACUGAGGGUGAUUGCUGAAAUGUGUCCAUGUCACUCUUAUAUGGCAAUUCAAAAAAAAAAAAAAAAAAAUGCCAUAUUUUGAUUUUAGGCCAUGGCAUUAUAUUUAUUGGCAUUUAAGUGUGAAUUAAACUGACUGUUUAAAUCCUAAAUAUGAACUGUGAAAUCAGAAAUUACCCUUUUAUGUAGACUUGGCAGACAUAUUUAUUACAUUCAAUGUACAAAUGUGCAAUAAAUAAACUUUCAGUCAAGUCAUGACUUACACAGCUGUUUAAAACAGCAAUUAAAUGCACAAAAUGAAAGCAAUGGAUUUAGUAUAGUUCAGUCUUUAUUACAUUUAGAAUGAAUCAAAAACAUCAUUUAUUAUUAUAUACAGUAUUUCGACAGCAUUCCUGCUGUGUCUGAGGCUCAGUGCGCUUGGCGGAAGAAACUCAAGUUUAGCUUGAUUAACUACAGAGCACCUCUUCAAUAAUUAUUCAUUUUACUAUUAUUAGAAUUAUAAAUACUUUAUUUUUUGCUCUUAACAGAAAUAUACAGAAAUCUAAUAUCACAUGGUGUCAGAGAGAACAUAUUCUUAAUAGCCAAAAAAGACCUGCUAUUGACACUUUUGAGGAUCUGGGAGUAUAAUGUCCACCAGGGGUCAGUCAAAACAUGAAUUGAUUGCAAAUAUGAAAACACAAUUUGUUCAGAGGAUUUUCAGUGCACAUCAACUGUAACAAAAAGUUUCAGUGCAACUUCAAGUGUAAAGAAAAAAAAAAAAAAAAGAAACCAAACAUGAAAAUUACUACACUUUUAAAUGAAAAUAAUCUACACACACUUGGCCUAAGUGUGAUAUCUGGCCAUGGCUUUUUAAUCCAAUAAUAGCACUGUAAAAUAAUGCAGUGUGAUUGCCUCUAAAUAAUAUUACUCAUAUUUUAUUUGGUUUUGCAUCAGAGAGAGAGAGAGAGAGAGAGAGAGAGUGAGAGUGUGAGUUUGCUGACUUCUUAAAAGCUGUGACCACAGAA